GUCUGUGAAUAAGUCUAGGUCAGUCCACUUCCAAGCAAAACCCUUUCCAUUUCUCUUCACUUUCAGCUCGAGAAAAAGCUCGUGUCUCAGACCACCUUCUCACCGUCCAAAAACGGCAUUUAUUCCUUAAGGAAACGACACCUCACCCCCCAUUUUCUCUAUCCCCUCUAAGGCAUGCUAUUCCAUCACUCUUUCUCUCUUCUCCGUCUCCUUCCUCAGCUUUUCCAUCUCUCUAUCGCAUCCACCAGAUAAUCCCCGUUGACUUUUUGGUUCCUGCUUUGAUUUUUAGACACAAUAAAAUAGAUUUUUUUUCUUUAAAGCAGUGGAAAUAGUAGCAGAUAAUGGACCAAGCGGUUCUCGAUGAUAUUAUCAGGCGUCUUUUAGAAGUCAGGGGCAAGCCCGGCAAGCAGGUUCAGUUAUCGGAGGCCGAGAUCCGGCAACUAUGUGUUGUGUCUAGAGAGAUUUUCUUGCAACAGCCUAAUUUGUUGGAGCUUGAAGCACCCAUCAAGAUUUGUGGUGAUAUCCAUGGUCAAUAUUCUGAUCUUCUAAGGCUGUUUGAAUAUGGUGGAUUACCUCCACAUGCAAACUACUUGUUUUUGGGGGAUUAUGUUGAUCGAGGCAAGCAAAGUCUAGAAACAAUAUGUCUUCUCCUUGCAUACAAAAUAAAAUAUCCUGAAAACUUCUUCCUUCUGAGGGGAAACCAUGAAUGUGCUUCAAUAAACCGCAUAUAUGGUUUUUAUGAUGAGUGUAAGAGAAGAUUUAAUGUUAGGUUGUGGAAGAUAUUCACAGAAUGUUUUAACUGCCUACCAGUGGCGGCUCUAAUUGAUGAGAAGAUCCUGUGCAUGCAUGGUGGUCUUUCUCCUGACCUUCAUAACUUGGAUCAGAUUAGAAACUUGCCACGCCCCACUGAUGUGCCAGAUACAGGUUUGCUUUGUGAUCUUCUCUGGUCAGAUCCUAGUAAAGAUGUUGAAGGUUGGGGAAUGAAUGACAGGGGAGUUUCAUAUACCUUUGGCCCUGACAAAGUGACAGAGUUUCUUGAGAAGCAUGAUUUGGAUCUCAUUUGCCGUGCUCACCAGGUUGUGGAGGAUGGAUACGAGUUCUUUGCCAACAGGCAACUUGUAACUAUAUUUUCAGCUCCUAAUUAUUGUGGAGAAUUUGAUAAUGCUGGUGCCAUGAUGAGCGUGGAUGAGACUCUAAUGUGCUCUUUCCAAAUAUUAAAGCCUGUUGAUAAAAGGUCAAAAUUUAACUUUGGGAGCACAGCCACAGCAAAGCCUGGAAACACUUCUGGAGUUGGUGUUUUUGGGAGUACAACUACAGCCAAACCUGGAAACUCUCCAGCUGGAGUGAAGGAAUCCUUUUCGGCGUUGCAGUCGUUCCUGGGUGCAAAAGUAUAACAAGUAGAGAUGUGGUUAGAGUCCAAGCAUAGUGGGGGGUGAUGAACACAACAAGAUUGUUAUGACAGGAAAAUUUGAGGUCCAUUUUAGUUUCACUAUAAUUUGCUGAAAAUUGUAUAAAAUGGAAGAGAGAAAAGUAGAAACUAAUGCGAAAAGAUGGUUUUCUUUUUCCAGUUUUAUAAAUUUGGGUUUGGAGAUAGAAGGCUGUCCUGUUCUUCUCUUCCUGAUUGUACACUAAUAGCUGCUAGACUUGUUGGCUAUGAAUUAUUUCCUUGUUCCGCUUAAUCCUUAAAUGUUUUGCUAAUCUCUGAGGUAAAUGAAGAAUGUCAAAAAAGCUACUUUUUUUGUGACUAAA